GGCUGGUGAUGCUUGGUUGGAUCGGUAGACUCAUCCCAGAGGAAACCAUUAUUGAAGGCAUUGGCAAUGAACUUCUUUUUGUUGUCGGCCUUGUGGGCUUGUGCAUUUUUGUCAUUCUUGCUUGGUUAUCCACGAGAGUCAAUCGUGACGUACUCUCGCUACGCAUCACUUUAGUUCCUCAGUCAAAUAGGGGUAUUAGCCACGAAACCUCUUCACAGAAUCAACUUACGCGCCCCCCCUGUGACGAUAACGACGCCUCACAGGUCGCAAGCGCUGAGGCCGAAAACAACCUCCAACCGGAUGAUUCUAGUUCGGAUGAACUGCCAGAUGAUUGCACGAAUACAGACACCAUCUCAAAUUCAGGGAAUGAUGAAGCAAACACACGAAAGUCUUCCUUGGCACGACUGAAAAAUGGCACGCCUGAUGAACAAAGGGAGUACGCCUCUCGUUUCCGCGUUAAAGGUCAUUUGGUAUUACGCUUACAAUAUGUGAACGAUCGUACUCGAUACGUACAUGCUUCUCCUGAGAUGUUGAUCAGCCGGUUCAAGCGCAAACACUUCGCCGAGGAGUUGGUCGGGCAAUACAAGAACGUACGUUUAAUAUUUCAGGGACAUGAGUUAGUCGAGCAACAAACAACUCGGUCUAACCGAACGAAUUUUACUCGUCCGACUGAUACGACCAUUGCACGCCAACUUCGUCUGUGUGACUAUAAUGUGCGCGACGGAUCCACCAUCCACUGUCUUGUAACUACUUCGGCUGUUUCCACCAGUCUGGCACAAGAUGCGUCAUCUCAUUCAGGCUCUCGCGGCCAGGAUUCACACUCCAAUGAUCCUUUGCUUACCGAAUUUGACAUGGGCGCCCGCUUACUGGAACCUUUGUUUGCCUUCUUGCUUGCAUUCACAUGGUUUUUUCGCAUAGCAUAUCGUCAGUACUUCAAUUCAGUUUCCACCUUUGCCCUCAUUACUUUGUCCGUUUUCUUCUGUGGUGCCGUUUUUACAAUGAACUUUAUGAAUGCUGCUUCUGUGGUAUCUGCUUUCGCUGCUCGACGACGGAAUCGAACAAACGAUCGCAAUGCUUCAGCCACGGAGGCUGCCAGUACUAGUUCUGAGUCCGGAGACGUUCGUGUUGUAACUCUGACCAUGGCUACUCGUAGGAUUCAAACACAGCAUGAUCAGCCCGGAUCAACUCUGUUUUCCACCGAGACAUCUAUAGACAACCCUGACGUUUCUUCACCAGUAAUGGCGUCUGCCUCCGCCGAGGAGUCUGCACCAUCUGAUCAUCGUGUUUCUUUAUCGCCGUUGCUUGUUCGCGACAAUGCUGGAUCUGCAUAAGGCCACCGGCUAUGAUAUAUCGUCAGUGUAAAUGAGGGAGAGAAAUCUCCCUCUUUUGCUGUAAAUCGCAAGCAGUUCACAGAAUACAACCCUUUUCCCACAGUACGGAUUCUCUUGAUAGGCUUUUCUCCUAUUAGGGUAUCUGAUGUCUAUUGUGUUGCUUCCUCUUUCGUCACUCCUUUGGCA